GCCUUUUCGGCCCCAUCAAUGGCUCCCUCCACCUCCUUCUAGAAGCCUCCUGCCCCACCACCCGUGCUAGCGGUAGUGUAUCGGGUUCCCCUUCCUUCCUUCCUCCCUCCCUCCCUCUCCCUGCCCGCACUGUCCCAUCGCCCGCCCGCCCGCUCGCUUUCUGCCUUUCCCCCGCUCGCUGGGUGGCGGUGGUGGUGGAGGAACUUGGCGCACGGGGAAAAGGAGGGGCGGAGGGGGACGCACGCAAAGGCAGAUAUACUUUCCACCGCCAGACUCCUCCUGGCUGGAGGAGUUCCGAUUCCCCCCCUCUCUUUCUCUCUCUUCUUUCUCUCUCUCUUUCUUGCUCUGGAAGCAGGGGAGGAAAUGGGUUCUGAUUUGGGCGCGCCGUGGUUCGGUCCGGCUGAUUUGGGAGGUCUGCUCGCUUGAUUCGGGUUCGCUGAUUGACGGGCCGGUUCAUCUCCGGCGGCUCCAUUCGAGGGCCGGUCCGGCGAGCGAGCCAGUCGCCAUGGGGAACUGCUGGGGCGCCAAGAUCAGCUCCGACAGCUCCUCCUCCUCCCCUUCAGGGACAAAUUCCAAGUAUGCUAGUAGGAAUGGGGCGGCCUUGAGCAGCUCCAGCAGCUAUGCCUCCGCGGCGUCAGUGCCACGGAGCGAGGGUGAGAUUCUGGAGUCAGCGAAUGUCAAGGCCUUCUCUUUCAAUGAGCUGAGGACCGCCACGAGAAACUUCCGGCCGGACAGUGUGCUAGGCGAGGGAGGGUUCGGGUCAGUCUUCAAGGGGUGGAUCGAUGAGAAGACCCUCACCCCAACCAAGCCUGGCACCGGGAUGGUCAUUGCUGUGAAGAAGCUUAAUCAGGAAAGCUAUCAGGGCCAUAGGGAAUGGCUGGCUGAAGUGAAUUACCUUGGACAACUAUCGCACCCGAAUCUUGUAAAGCUCGUUGGGUACUGUGUUGAAGACGAACAGCGGCUUCUCGUCUACGAGUUCAUGCCUCGUGGGAGUUUGGAGAAUCAUCUCUUUAGGAGGAGUACACAUUUCCAGCCGCUCUCCUGGAACCUUCGGAUGAAAAUUGCCCAUGGAGCAGCUAAGGGGCUCGCGUUUCUCCACAGUGACAAGGCCAAAGUCAUCUACCGUGAUUUCAAAACCUCAAAUAUCCUCCUAGAUGCAGUAUAUAUAUCCACAGCCUUGAAGGAUCUUUUACUUUGUGUCCAAAAAAUAUCUCUAUCAGUCGGUCUGACAGUCACGCAAUUUCUUCUUCAGAACUACGACGCAAAGCUCUCAGAUUUUGGCCUGGCGAAGGACGGACCGACCGGUGACAAGAGCCAUGUGUCCACAAGGGUGAUGGGGACAUAUGGGUAUGCUGCACCAGAAUACCUUGCAACAGGCCACCUGACCACGAAGAGCGACGUGUACAGCUUCGGCGUGGUCCUCCUGGAGAUGCUGUCGGGGCGGCGCGCGGUGGACAAGAACCGGCCGACCGGCGAGCACAACCUGGUGGAGUGGGCGCGGCCGUACCUGACGAGCAAGCGGCGCAUCUUCCGCGUCCUGGACCCCCGUCUGGGCGGGCAGUACUCCCUGACCAAGGCCCAGAAGGCGGCGUCGCUGGCGCUACAGUGCCUCUCAGUAGACUCGAGGAACAGGCCGAGCAUGGAGCAGGUUGUCGUGGCGCUGGAGCAGCUCCACGACGCCAAGGAGGGAGGGAACAGCCCUCGCCCGCAGCUGCAGAGAAAGCCGAGCAGCAACCGGAGCCUGACCGGCUCGAGACCAUCGUCGACCAAGGGGAACAACAACAGGCCCGCUUCGUCGAGACCGGUUUGACCGGCCGAGUGGGAUCACAUAGCAUAAUCUACUAGAGAGAUGCCUUGAGGUGUAAUGUAUGUAUGGUAUAAUAGGGGUUUUAGAGUUGAUCUGCGAAGAGGCAGCGGAUUUGUGAAUGUUUUGUGCCUGUGUUGUAGGGCUGUACCUUUGCAGAUUCUAGUGUUGGUAUGUACAGCUUGUAUCUAUCCGGUUGUAGCUAGUCUGUAUGUAGUUAUUUUUGUCAAUGCCUGGUUGCUUUGGUUCUGACUCAUGAGGCCCAGAGGCUUUGUUUACAUCAUCUGAUUUAGAUGCAUGCACCCUGUUAAACCAAACCCUUAGAAUAUGAA